UUUUUUCGAACGAACCGGCCUACCAAGUACCAACGCCAAGUCGGCAACGCGGCCACGUCCCCACCCAAAAAAGGUGCGGCCAGAGGCAUGGCGGCCACGAGCUCCGCCCCCGCGGCAGCAGCGCUCGUCUCCCUCCCCUUCCCCGCCGCCACUUCCUCUUCCCGCGUCUCCGCCAGCAGCCACCGCGGUGCGAGGCGCUUCAGGGCCGCCACCAUCAGAUGCUCCAGCGCGUCGCCGAACGUGUCCCAGGGUGCCCCGGCGCCGGCGCCGGCGCCGGCGCCGCCCAAGCCCCAAAUCGACCUCGAGUUCGUCGGGCCGCAGCCGGGUGCGGACGGCACCUACCCGGUGGACCGGGCGGAGGCGGCGAGCGGCGAGAAGCUCCUCCGUGACAUCAUGAACGAGAACAAGAUCGAGCUCUACGCCGCAUACGGUAAGGUGAUGAACUGCGGUGGCGGUGGAAGCUGCGGCACUUGCAUCGUCGAGAUCCUUGACGGAAAGGAGCUCCUGAAUGAAAGGACGAACACUGAGAACCGGUACCUGAAGAAGAAACCAGAGUCAUGGAGGCUAGCUUGUCAGACUAUCGUAGGCAACAAAGAGAACUCCGGCAAGGUUGUGGUCCAACGGCUGCCCCAGUGGAAGAAAUGAUUGUGCAGCACCACACUACUUGAUGUACUGAUAGUCUGAUAGCAUGUGAUCAUCAAGCUGUAUCUGACUAAACGUCAUGCACUGUACCACAGAGAAGAGAAAGUGUUGCCUCAUCAUAUCGCUUGUGAUCAGUUUCUCUGAUAGUUUGCAGGUUUGGGCUUCGGUCAACAGUAUAUAGCUGUAAAAUGCAUUUGCCAGGCUAUUUCACCUGUGGAGUGCAUGUUAGUACCAGUCUUUCGGAAACAAAAAUACGAAUACAGGGCAUUGCAGUCUUUUAA